AGCAAGAGAGGGUGGACAAAAACGCACAACACAAGCCAACAGAUAGUAUCUAGUACGGUAGAAAGGCACAAGAACUAUGCAUCUACUACUGCAGGAGAUUUGCCUAACAAGCUUUGGUUGCCUUAACAUCGCCCUCCUAGUGAUCAAUCUCACUGCGAAAGGGCUCGCGUAUGAUGAAUUCGACAAAGAAUGUGUCCGUGUGCAUAAUCAAUUGAGAGCACUCCACAAUGCUUCUGCGCUUUGCUGGUCGGAGUCUUUAGCCGGGGAUGCCCAGAGAUGGGCUGAAAACUUGGCGAACAAGGACCGUGCGGAACAUGAUUACCAGGAUCUUAUUACCAAGGGUCAAGGAGAAAACAUUGCUUGGAUGACUUUGACAACUGAAAAGUGUGAAGGACCUAGAAAGUCUGGCUGUGUAAGCUGCGGAGACAUUGUUAAAAAGUGGUACAGCGAGGAGAAAAAUUACGACUUUCAGAAAGGUGCUGCGAUUGAUCCAGGUCAACCUAUCCGUCACUUCAAUCAGAUUGUAUGGAAGUCUACAACAGAACUAGGGAUGGGGAGUGCUCGUAGUAAUGAACAUGGCUUGAUAGUAGUUGCACGGUAUAGUCCCAUGGGGAGUACAGGUGGAACUGUCUCUUUUCUACAGAACGUCGAUCCUCCAGGUCAAAAAUCUGGAAACGUUUCUUUAGAUACAACAGAUCAAAACGCAAAUUCGAAGCCAGAAACAACCAUAAUAAAGAUCACCAAAGUCGUGCAGAAGUUUCCACAAGGGUCAAACCCACAAGAAAGUGGAAAAAGCGUAUCGGGAGAAAAGCCAACGCAAGGCGUACCCUCGUCACCAGCCCCCAAGACAGAGUCUGAACCAAACGAGAACUCCAUGACUUGUGGAAUCAGAAAACCCAGCCGUAUUGUUGGAGGUGAAGUAGCAUAUCCUGGUGCGUGGCCGUGGCAAGCAGGAUUCAAACGUGAUGCAAAUGACAUACUCUUCUGCGGAGGAUCUCUCAUAAACAAGGAAUGGGUCGUCACGGCAUCUCACUGUGUUUACGACUUACUAAACAUAAAUAAAAACACUGUGUUGGUUGUGGUGCUGGGUGAGUUUGACAAAGCGAGUAAAGAAGAGCAAGAAAUCUCUGUAAAAACGAAGAGAAUCAUCAUGCAUCCAAAGUACGAUUCCCAAACUUUGGAUUACGAUAUCGCCCUUGUGAAACUGGAGAAACCACUUCGAGAUUUUAGCACCUAUAUUCGACCCGUGUGUGUGCCGGACGGCAGCGAGACGUUUGAUAGCAAAUCAAAGUGUUACGUAACUGGAUUUGGAAGAACACAGCAAGGGGGAGAUCUAGCAGGAAUGCUGCGCAUGGCAAAGAUACCGCUGGUGGACAAAGAAACAUGCAAGCAAGCCUAUGACGAGAAGCUUACAGAGCGCAUGAUCUGUGCAGGUUUUCCCAAAGGAGGAAUAGACGCAUGUCAAGGAGACAGUGGUGGACCGUUGAGCUGUUUAUAUGAAGGCCGUUGGUAUCUGACCGGCGUUGUCAGCUGGGGAGUGGGAUGUGCUCAACCUAACGCCUAUGGUGUCUAUUCCAAAGUGCAGGUGCUGGAGGACUGGUUGGACGCUACUAUGAAAGCUAAUGAGUAGUAAAUCAUUGUCUAAGAUUACGCACAUAAUUUAUAACGUGAAGAAGGCUUAUGUUAAAGAUAUGGAUGACUCCUUCUCUUGAUAUGAAUAAAUUUAAAUUGCAAGCUUAAAAAGG